UCUCCUGGAAGGAGGGUGUGUGGAGCCCGAGAUGGUCCUUUGCUUUGCUGGCUUCAAGCUCUCCAUUGUUGGUUUUUAAUGGGCUUUGUCUGCUGCGCGAUACCAGAAUUUCAGCUGGCGCGAUCAAACACAGCUCUCUCUCUCUCUUAUUGAUAUCUCCUUCUAACUUCUCUCGCUUUCUGUGUGUCUUCUCUUCCUUCACCUCAUCUUCUUGCUCAGAGAAGAGAGAGAAAACAAAUAUACUCAAAACCCAUUACAAUUCUUGUUUCAUUUGAUUGAUUCACAGAUCUAACUCUUCCACUUUCAGAUCUUCUUCUCUUUGCAACUUAAAGACUUGUAGUGCAUAACUUAUUCGUCUUGCGGAGAGGGAACUAUUAACCGUUGAGGUUUAUUUUAAUCAGUUAUCUUUAGUCCCCAUUAGAUGUGGCCAAUUUCGAGGGUGGUUUGGAUGAGAUGAGGUAUGUUAUCUGGGUUGAUGAAGUUUUUGAGGGCCUGUUUUUGGCCAAGGGGGGAUGGGCAUGUUCAUACUGGUUCUGAUGCCAGUGGUCGACAGGAUGGGCUUCUAUGGUACAAGGAUACAGGGCAACAUUUUAAUGGAGAGUUCUCGAUGGCUGUGGUACAAGCAAAUUUUUUACUUGAGGAUCAGAGCCAAAUCGAAUCUGGUUGUUUGAGCUUGCAUGAUUCUGGGCCGUUUGGUACCUUUGUAGGGGUUUAUGAUGGACAUGGUGGCCCUGAGACAUCGCAGUACAUCAAUGAUCAACUCUUUCAACAUCUCAAGAGGUUUACUUCAGAGCAACAAUCCAUGUCAGUUGAGGUAAUACGGAAGGCAUUCCAAGCAACAGAAGAGGGGUUUAUCUCUCUUGUUACCAAGCAAUGGCCAAUGAAACCGCAGAUUGCAGCAGUUGGAUCAUGCUGUCUGGUUGGGAUCAUCUGCAAUGGCGCUCUUUAUAUUGCCAACCUUGGUGACUCCCGUGCUGUUCUGGGGAGACUGGUCAAGGCAACAGGAGGGGUUCUGUCCAUUCAGCUCUCGGAUGAGCACAAUGCCAGUAUAGAGUCUGUGAGACAAGAAUUGCAUUCUUUGCACCCGGAUGACUCGCAAAUAGUAGUGUUAAGGCAUAACGUGUGGCGUGUAAAGGGCAUAAUACAGAUUUCAAGAUCCAUUGGUGAUUUGUAUCUGAAGAAGGCAGAAUUCAACAGGGAGCCAUUAUUUGCUAAAUUUCGCCUUCGUGAACCUUUGAGAAGACCAAUACUGAGCUCAGACCCAUCAAUUUCAGUGCAUCAAUUGGAGCCACAUGAUCAGUUCGUUAUAUUUGCAUCAGAUGGUCUCUGGGAGCACCUAAGCAACCAAGAAGCAGUUGAUAUAGUUCAAAAUCAUCCCCGCAGUGGAAGUGCUAGGAGAUUGGUAAAAGUUGCACUGCAAGAAGCAGCGAAGAAGAGAGAGAUGAGGGCAAGCUCAGUGAAGAGUCACAACCUAUCUGUGAAAGGGGGUGGAGUCAAGCUUCCUCCUAAAUCUCUUGGAUCUUGACGAAGCAGUCCCCUAAUGUUGUUGUCUGUUGUACUAUUCUGCUGUGAAUACUACCAGGUAGCUUCUGAAGAGAGAUAAAGAAGAGCAGGCCAUCAAUUCUUUAAUGUACGCUGUCAGUAACUGUUUACUGAGAACUAAUUCUUGGGUUUAGUUUCUGUCCCAAGAAAAAGAGAACUGGAAAGGCCAGUCGACAGAUCAUCAUAGUUAUAUCCUUAGGAAUUUUAUUCAACUUUAUUGUUUUUUUCUCCUGUUAUGCCUUGUCUCUGUUUUUGGCUUUUAUCAAUUGUAUGACUCGACGCUGUAAAUUUCUGUAUUGAUCGAUG